UCGCCCCCCUUCCCCGUCUCCGCCUCGCGCCGCCUCUCCUCUCCUCACCCGGGAAGCCGAAGCUUCCCCGCCGCCGCGCGGCAGGAAUAUGGCGGGGAAGUCGAAGGGCGCGAGGAACAAGGGGAAGGCGCAGGGCGGAAGCCAGGCCGUCGCGGUGGAGCCGGAGGUUCCGGUGACCGAUGGAGUCGAGGAUGCCAAGCCCGAGAACGGGGAAGUUAGUGAACCUGCCGCCGUGGAGGGCAGUGCACCUGGUGCUGAGAAGGAGCAGGGCGACGCAGCUGAGGAAACACAAACCACGAAGAAGCCAGCUGAGGAUGAGGUUCAUCUCUACCCUGUUUCUGUUAAGACACAGUCUGGCGAAAAGCUUGAGCUGCAGCUAAGCCCUGGGGAUUCUGUCAUCGAUGUCAAACAAUUCCUCUUGGAUGCUCCUGAAACUUGCUUCUAUACAUGCUAUGAUUUGAUAUUGCACGCUAAAGAUGGCUCAACUCAUGAGCUAGAGGACUAUAAUGAAAUUUCUGAGAUUGCUGAUAUAACUGCCGGUGGCUGUUCAUUGGAGAUGAUUGCUGCAAUAUAUGAUGAGAGAUCUAUUAGGUCGCAUCUGCGCCGUGUUAGGGAAUUGCUAUCCCUUUCUAGUCUUCAUGUCUCACUUUCCACAUCCCUUGCUCUUCAGCAAGAAUCUGCACAGGAAAAAUCUGCAGACACUGCAGAUUCUGGGAAAACGGCUAGUCAAGAGCUUGAUGGGUUGAAUUUCAUGGAGGACAGUACUGGUGCUCUCAUUAACUUGCUGCCAUCUGCACUAGCAGAGAUCAAAUGUGUGGCUAGCAUAGUUUUUUCUUCAUUUAAUCCUCCACCAAGUUAUAGGAGAUUACAUGGUGAUCUCAUUUAUAUUGAUGUUAUGACACUAGAAGGAAACAAGUACUGUAUCACAGGAAGUUCCAAAUCAUUUUAUGUGAACUCCAGCAAUGGAAGUAUUCUGGACCCAAGGCCUUCCAAACAAGCCCUGGAGGAUAGCACCCUAGUUGGUCUGCUACAAAAAAUCAGUGCCAAGUUCAAGAAAGGUUUUCGUGAAAUUUUGGAUCGCAAAGCAUCAGCACAUCCUUUUGAGAAUGUUCAGGCCUUGCUCCCAGUGACUUCUUGGUUGGGAGCUUGUCCUGUGCCAGAACAUAGAAGGGAUGCAGCUAGAGCUGAAGAUUCUGUUGUGUUAUCGUAUGGAACUGAGUUGAUUGGCAUGCAGAGAGACUGGAAUGAGGAACUACAGUCUUGCCGGGAGUUUCCUCAUAGCAAUCCUCAAGAAAGGAUAUUACGUGGCAGAGCGCUUUAUAAGGUGACAUGCGAUUUCGUUGAUGCUGCAGUUAAAGGAGCAGUUGGUGUCAUUAAUAGAUGUAUACCUCCAAUUAAUCCAACUGAUCCAGAAUGUUUUCAUAUGUAUGUACACAACAAUAUAUUCUUUAGUUUUGCUGUUGACUCUGACUAUGAGCAACUAUCAAAGGACCAAAAGCCAGAUGGUCAAAAUGGAUCUGGCAGAAGUGCGACAGGCUCCACAGAUCCGGGGGCUAAGUCAAACAGGAACUGUGCAGAUCCUAGUGGCACAACGAAUUCAAAAACUGAUGAACCUAAUCGUGUUUUGGACAAUAGCUCUGAUGCAUCUGCAGAGGCACAAAUAGCAGAUAGUGAGCAGGCGACCUAUGCAUCUGCUAACAAUGACUUAAAAGGAACCAAGGCUUACCAAGAAGCUGAUGUUCCUGGGCUUUAUAAUCUUGCGAUGGCAAUUAUUGAUUAUAGAGGUCACAGGGUUGUGGCACAGAGCAUCAUACCCGGUAUUCUUCAAGGAGACAAGUCUGAUUCCCUUCUGUAUGGAUCGGUUGAUAAUGGCAAGAAAAUAUCUUGGAACGAGUCAUUCCAUUCAAAGGUGGUCGAGGCUGCAAAGCGGCUCCAUGUGAAAGAGCAUGAGGUUUUGGAUGGUUCUGGUAAUCCUGUAAAAUUAGCUGCUACAGUUGAAUGCAAGGGAAUUGUUGGGAGUGAUGAUAGGCAUUAUAUUCUUGAUCUGAUGAGAGUGACCCCUCGAGAUUCUAACUACAUUGGACUACAGCACCGAUUCUGUGUUUUGAGGCCUGAACUUGUUGCAUCGUUUAUUGAGGCUGAAUCCACAAACAAAUCCACCACACAGAAAGUUGCAGGUGCUCCUGGAGAAUCUAUUGAGCAAUUGGCAAGCCCUUCUGAUGCUAUGGCAACACCUGUGGAAGGACCUGCCGUGUCUGAUGAAAGCUCUGUUCCUGAAGCUGCCAAGUCUGAUGAAAACUCUGCUCCUAAACCUGGCACUUCCGAUGACAGCUCUUCUAUGAGGCCUGCUGAACAAAACGAGUCAGCUUCAGAAAUCCUUUUUAAUCCAAAUGUGUUUACAGAGUACAAACUUGCUGGUAGCCCAGAGGAGAUUGCAGCAGAUGAAGCAUUGGUUAAAAAGGUUGGUUCAUAUCUUCUAGACACAGUGAUACCAAAGUUUGUUCAGGAUAUCUGCUCUCUAGAUAUCUCCCCUAUGGAUGGGCAGACUUUAACUGAUGUGCUGCAUAGCAAUGGGAUAAAUGUUAGGUAUCUGGGCAAAGUUGCUGGCAUGAUCAAACAUUUGCCUCAUCUACGGGACUUGUUGUCUUCUGAGAUAAUUGUUAGGUCUGCAAAGCAUGUGGUCAAGGAAUUACUGAGGCAAAGCCCAGAUCAUGAUAUUGGUCCAGCUAUUGCUCAUUUCUUAAAUUGUUUUAUUGGUAAUGUCUUGGCACCUUCCACAAAAGGUAGUUCUGACAGUACACAUUCAAAAAACCAGAAGGGUCAUGAGAAGACUCAAAACCAGAAAUCUACCAAGGGACAGAAAUUGAGCCUUUCUGCUUCAAAAAACAUUAUGCCAACAUUUUCUCAUCUAACAUCUGACAGAGUUUGGUCUAACAUUAAGGAAUUUGCAAAGCAUAAAUAUCUGUUUGAAGUGCCCGAUGAUGCUAGGGCUGGUGCUAAAAGAGUUGCAGUACUCCGUAAUCUUUGCCAAAAGGUGGGAAUAACAAUUGCUUCUCGCAAAUACGACCUGGAUUCUGCAGCUCCAUUCCAGCCGUCAGAUAUCCUAAAUCUCCAACCAGUAGUGAAGCAUUCUGUACCUGUGUGUGCAGAUGCAAGGAAUCUUAUGGAAGCAGGGAAAAUUCGGAUGGCUGAGGGAACAUUGAAUGAGGCGUAUGCACUGUUUUCUGAAGCUUUUUCACUGCUUCAACAGAUUACUGGUCCCAUGCAUAGGGAUGCUGCAAACUGUUGCCGGUACCUUGCUAUGGUUCUGUACCAUGCUGGCGAUAUAUCAGGAGCAAUUGUGCAACAACAUAGGGAACUUAUCAUUAAUGAGCGAUGCCUUGGUCUAGAUCAUCCUGAUACAGCCCACAGCUACGGUAACAUGGCUUUGUUCUAUCAUGGGCUUAAUCAAACUGAACUCGCACUGCGACACAUGUCUCGCACAUUGCUUUUGCUAAGUUUAGCAUCAGGUCCUGAUCAUCCAGAUGUUGCAGCGACUCUUAUAAACGUUGCAAUGAUGUACCAGGAUGCUGGCAAUAUGAGUACUGCUCUUAGGUAUCUUCAGGAAGCACUCACGAAGAACGAGAGGCUUCUAGGCCCAGAUCAUAUCCAAACAGCUAUCUGCUAUCAUGCCCUUGCCAUUGCAUUCAGCUGCAUGGGUGCAUUCAAACUUUCAAUUCAGCAUGAGAAGAAGACUUAUGAUAUACUGGUUAAGCAAUUGGGGAGUGAUGAUUCACGGACAAAGGAUGCGGAAAAUUGGCUGAAUACGUUUAAGACACGAGAACAGCAGGUGAAUGCCCAGAAGCAAAAAGGUCAACAGGGCACAAAUCCGCCAGCUAAUCCUAUUGAAUUGUUGAAGGCACAUCCUGGUUUGGCAAAAGCACUUAAGGCGGCUGCAAAACAACCUGGUGACGGAUCAGCAAACGUCAACCGAUCACUUAAUGCUGCAGUUGUUGGUGAAGGUGUUCCUCGAGUAAGAGGAGUUGACGAGCGGGCUGCUCGGGCAACUGCAGAAGCUCGGAAGAAAGCUGUUGCCAGAGGCCUUAAUGUGCGUAGUGGUCAGGCACCAGAUUACAUGUCAAAUCUAUCUCAAAUUCUCAACUAUCUGGACUCAGCAAAGGCAUCUACUGCUACUCCAGCCACUGCUUUGGCUGCUGCUAGCACUCAAAAUACACAUGAAGGUCAGCAAUCAAAUGGACCCACACAAAACGGCACUGCAGGGAAUAAUACCCAUGGGCGAUCAUCUAAGCCCAGUGGUUCAACGCCAGUAGGACUAGGGACUUCCUUGGAGUUGAAGAAGCAGAAAUCAAAGCAGAAAGCAUAG